AUGUGCCCCCAAACAUUCCCCUCUCCCCUCGUACCACAGCAGGCCUGCAACGCCGAGCAUUCGUCCAGGCAUAAACGCUCCCUUACACUCUCCAAGGGCAACACCGUCUCCGUGGUUCUCAUCUCGUCAGCACUGGAGACUAUUGCCGCGUCAAAGGAGGCCAAACGAUCAGCACCCCUCCGCGAAAGUACGCAGCGCGCGUUGGAGAUGGUUAAAUCCGGGCAAGGGGGGGACCGUCCUCGCGAGAUCUUCGAGCCUCUCCGUCUCGCUUGCGAGACCAGGAGCGAGAAGCUGAUGAUUGCAAGCUUGGAUUGCAUCUCGAAGCUCAUCUCCUACUCGUUCUUCGCCGAUUCGUCCUCUGCGCAAGCACCCAGCUCUCCACCGCCGUCUCCCGGUCCAAACUCGCGCGGUGCAGCGCAGCCUCCGCGCGAACCUACGUCGCUCGUCGACCUUGUCGUGCAUACAAUCACCUCUUGCCACACCGAGAAUACCCCCGAGACCGUAUCCCUACAGAUUGUCAAGGCCCUCCUUGCUCUCGUCCUCUCCCCGACCAUCCUCGUUCACCAGUCAUCCCUACUCAAGGCGGUUCGCACAGUUUACAAUGUCUUUCUCCUCAGCAUGGAUCCAGUCAACCAGAUGGUCGCGCAGGGUGGACUCACGCAGAUGGUGAACCAUGUCUUCGCGCGGUGCAAGAUCGGCAAUUCGAGCCUUCCGCAGUCGGAUUCCACUUCGGCAUUUUCUGCGCGCGACAGUCCCGACAGCCCGCGGCCAUUCCACCGGUCGCCUCUUGUUGGGUCUCCUCGCGGCUCCCUGCCACUUCCUACACAAAGUCCUGAGCCCUCGCUCAACAGCUCGGAUGGCACAACCUUGGUGUACGAGCCGUCGGAAGUGCCUUCCAGUGCGGCAUCCGUGGCUCCAACGGAGGCCACGGAUGCGACGCCAGGCGAUUCUGCAUCGGUGGAGCAGCGGCCGAACGGAACGAACGGUGUGAAUGGGCAUCAGAAUGGGACACACCAUCGACAAGAGGCGUCCGGCUCUCAGGCAAGCGAAGUAGCCCACGUCCCUCAUGACGAUGAAGAUGAAGAAGGUGGUCUUUAUCACAGGGAACUGUCCACCAACGACCUCUUCGUCAAGGACGCUUUCCUCGUCUUCAGGGCUCUCUGCAAACUCACAAUGAAGCCAUUGAAUAGCGAGAGCGAGCGCGACUUGAAGUCUCAUUCUAUGCGCUCGAAACUGCUCUCUCUGCACCUUGUGCUCAUGAUCCUCAACUCUCAUAUGCCCAUCUUUGUUGCUCCUUCGGCGAUCAUCUAUUCCUCUUCCUCAAACGAGGCCACCUCUUUCAUUCAGGCUUCGAAUCAGUACCUGUGCUUGUGUCUCAGUCGGAAUGCCGUGAGCCCUGUACCCCAGGUUUUCGAGAUUAGCGUGGAGAUAUUCUGGAGGGUGCUGUCUGGGAUGCGUACAAAGCUCAAGAAAGAAAUAGAGGUGCUCUUGCACGAGAUCUUCAUCCCUAUCCUGGAGAUGAAGACAUCGACGCUGAAGCAGAAGGCCAUGGUUGUCAGCAUGCUCCAACGACUGUGUCAGGACCCGCAGGCUCUUGUCGAGAUCUAUCUCAACUACGACUGCGACAGUGAGGCGGCGGACAACAUUUACGAGCAUUUGAUGAACAUAAUAUCCAAGAUCGGUACUUCUCCCGUGUCUCAUGCCCUGCAGAAGACGAAUGAUCCUGCUAGCCCUGCUCUACAACCUCAGAAGAAGGACAGCCAUGGAGCUCAAGUUCCCCCUUCAUUCAGCACUUCGGCGCUUUCCGUACCCGGCAAUGUCGACACAGCAACCAUAGGUAAUUCGGAGGCGCAGCUCCGUAGGCAAGGACUCGAAUGUCUCGUCGCCGUCCUCAAGUCUCUAGUGGCUUGGGGUACUACCAGCACCUCGCUACCGGAACAGACAACAGAUCCCACUACGCAGUCGAUGUUCCUCGACGAGUCACGGAGAGAUUCAGGAACUCCUGACUUGUCUGAGAAGCUUUCGCCAGGGCUCCCAGACAUAUCGCGCGGCGUGACCCCUGAACUCGCCGAUGACCCGACCCGGUUCGAAAGCGCCAAACAGAAGAAGACGACCCUGCUCGAGGGCAUUAAGAAAUUCAACCAGAAGCCUAAGCGGGGCGUUGAGUUCUUCCUGGAGACUGGAUUUAUUGCAAGAAAGACACCCCAGGACAUCGCGAGAUUCCUGCUUGACACAGAUGGUCUUAGCAAAGCGGCGAUAGGCGAAUACCUGGGUGAGGGAGACGAGGAGAAUAUCAUUAUCAUGCACGCUUUUGUCGACAUGCUCGACCUCUCCAACAUGCCCUUCACGGAUGCCCUUCGUGCUUUCCUUCAGACGUUCCGUCUCCCUGGGGAAGGUCAGAAGAUCGAUCGGUUCAUGCUGAAGUUUGCCCAGCGCUAUGUCGCCGGAAAUGACAGUACGAUUUUCGCCAAUGCCGACACCGCAUAUGUGCUCGCUUAUUCGGUGAUCAUGCUCAACACUGACACGCAUAAUCCUCACAUCAAGAACCACAUGACCAAACAAGGAUUCAUUGCCAACAACCGGGGCAUCAAUGACGGUCAGGACUUGCCUGACGACAUCCUGAACGCGAUCUAUGACGAGAUCCAGGUCAAUGAGAUUCGUAUGAAGGAUGAGAUUGCGGGCCCGGUGAUUACCUUAGGGACUGGAAUCGCCGGUGUCUUGGCCAACGUUGGCAGGGACCUCCAGAAGGAAGCAUAUGUUAUGCAGUCGAACAACAUGGCGAACAAGACUGAGACUCUGUUCCGCACUCUCGUUCGGUCACAACGGAAAGGUGCGAAGUCCAACGACUUCUUCAGUGCUUCGCACUUCGUGCACGUCAAGCCUAUGUUCGAAGUUGCAUGGAUACCGUUCCUUGCUGGUAUCUCUGGGCCUCUCCAAGGUACAGAUGACCUGGAGAUCGUUGAGCUCUGCCUGGAAGGCUUCAAAGCCGCGAUCCACAUCGUCUGCUUCUUCGAUUUGGAGCUUGAGCGGAAUGCCUUCGUGAGCACGCUUGCCAAGUUUACUUUCCUGAACAACCUGGGCGAGAUGAAGACGAAAAAUAUGGAGGCGAUCAAGACGUUACUCGACGUCGCGGUCACUGAGGGGAACAACCUCAAGGGAUCAUGGCGGGAGGUCCUCACUAACGUCAGCCAGCUCGAACACAUGCAGUUGAUCAGCAGCGGUCUGGACGUUCACGACGGGGGCAAGAAAGGCGGACGCGUUCGCAAGCCUCCCACCGAGGAGCUGGCUAACGAGAGUCGCUCGACUCACAUCACGGUCGCCGCUGACAUGGUGUUCUCUCUCAGUCACUAUCUGUCUGGAACUGCGAUCGUCGACUUCGUGCGUGCGCUAUGCGACGUUUCGUGGGAGGAGAUCCAGUCAUCAGGGAUGUCACAACACCCGCGCUUGUUCAGCUUGCAGAAGCUCGUCGAGAUUUCGUACUACAACAUGAACCGCAUUCGUUUGGAAUGGUCCAAUAUGUGGGAGAUCUUGGGUGAACACUUCAACCAGGUUUGCUGUCACAAGAACCCACCCGUCUGCUUCUUCGCCUUGGAUGCAUUGCGGCAACUGGCCAUGCGCUUCUUGGAGAAAGAGGAGCUUCCGCACUUCAAAUUCCAGAAGGAUUUCUUAAGGCCGUUCGAGUACACGAUGGUCCACAACUCCAACCCCGAGGUUCGCGACAUGGUUUUGACUUGCUUGCAAGUGAUGAUUCAAGCGCGAGUGCAGAAUUUGCGUUCUGGGUGGAGAACGAUGUUCGCUGCCUUCUCCGCCGCGUCCAAGGCUGCAACAGAAAAGAUCGCCAACUCUGCGUUCGAGAUCGUCACUCGGCUGAACAAAGAGCACUUCACAGCUAUCGUUCGCCAUGGGUCUUUCGCGGACCUGACCGUCUGCAUCACGGACUUCUGCAAAGUGAGCAAGUAUCAGAAGAUCAGCCUCCUCGCCAUCGCCAUGCUCCGAGAUACCAUUCCCACUAUGCUCGAGUGUCCCGAUUGUGCCUUUAAGGAGAAGGACCACAAGCCUGCUGACGACCCCAUGAUCAAGUACUGGUUCCCGGUUCUCUUUGGGUUCUACGAUGUCAUCAUGAACGGCGAGGACUUGGAAGUUCGACGACUAGCUCUCGACUCGCUCUUCAGCACGCUCAAGACGUACGGUUCCACCUAUCCUGUGGAGUUCUGGGACACGGUCUGCCAAGAGUUGCUCUUCCCCAUUUUCGCGGUUCUCAAGUCCAGCCAAGAUGUGUCACGCUUCAGUACCCAGGAAGAUAUGAGUGUCUGGUUGUCUACGACCAUGAUUCAAGCGCUGCGCAACCUGAUUGACCUCUACACGUUCUACUUCGAGACACUGGAGCGUUUCCUUGACGGUUUGCUCGACCUGCUUUGUGUCUGCAUCUGCCAAGAGAACGACACACUGGCGCGGAUAGGAACUUCAUGUUUGCAGCAAUUGCUCGAGAGCAACAUCAAGAAGCUCAGUGCAGCACGUUGGGAACGUGUCGCCACGACGUUCGUCAAGCUCUUCAGGACGACGACGCCCCACCAGCUCUUCGACGAGAGCCUUCGCGUCGAGAUCGAUGACGGUUCGCCUGAUGUCCAGGACACGUCAGAAUCCGGAGAGCAAGCAAUGGUUCCCGCACCUCUCUCCCCAAACAGCGAAAAGCCGAAGGCCGGUGCCAGGAUAUCGCUGAACGAGCGGAGACGAAUCUUCCGGCAAAUCAUCGUCAAGUGUGUUUUGCAGCUCCUCCUCAUCGAGACGACGAACGACCUGCUCCGCAACGACGAGGUCUACAACACCAUCCCACCCGAGCACCUCCUCCGUCUCAUGGGCGUCCUCGACCACAGCUAUCAGUUUGCGAGGAUGUUCAACGACGACAAGGAGCUUCGGACAGGGCUCUGGAAAGUCGGCUUCAUGAAGCACCUCCCCAACCUUCUCAAGCAGGAGUCGAGCAGCGCGUCCACAUUAGUGCAUGUCCUCCUCCGGAUGUACUACGAUUCUCGUCCCGAGCACCAAGCUGCGCGACCGCAGGUUGCGGAUCGUCUCAUGCCGUUGGGCCUCGGCGUCCUCCAGGACUUCAACAAGCUGCGCCUAGACACGCAAGCCAAAAAUAUCGCGGCAUGGACGCCAGUCGUCGCAGAGAUUCUUCAAGGUUUCGUCCGUUUCGACGAUAAGGCCUUCACAAGAUACCUCCCAGCCGUUUAUCCCCUCGCCACUGAGCUGCUUUCGCGAGACAUGGCUUCGGAGAUUCGGGAAGGCUUGCGGGAGUAUUUCGUUCGCGUUGGCUACGUCCAGGGCAUCACAGAGCGUCCAUGA